AAAGUUAUGUGAGAAAAUCUCAUUUCAGACCGUCCCUGAAGGCAACACCUGAUUCCAUUAGCUGGUUUUAAAACAUGAGAUAGCUAGCUUUUCAUUCUUCAUUUCAAUUCACGCGCUUUGUCUCGCGUGCUCUCCAUCCUGUUACGCAACAGGGUUAGCGUCCACAAGUUGAAGUAAUUCGGGGGUUGGUGGCGUCCAAGUUGGGUUCGGGCUGCGCGUUCCCCCCACUGGCGCUCGUAGCAGCAAAGGCUCGUAUUUACCUGCAAAAUAACGCCGGCGAGAGCCAAUCAAAAGGAGGCAGCUGAGUCGAGCUGCCAUCCUCAAUAGGCAACGCUGCCAAUCAAAGGAAAUCCGGCCAAUUAGCGGCCUGGCUGAGAAUCACGUGUGAGGUGGGAAGUCGGUCCGCGAUUGGCUGUCGUAGCACUGCCUCCCGAGUUCAUUUAUGUUCUGGGAGUGAGUGAUUGACUUUAUCAGUCCAAGGACAUCAUCCGCCUGGAAAAGGGGGGAAGUUUGAUCCUCGUUCUCACGGAGCGCGCUCUACGGGAGUUUUACAAAUUCCUCCCAACUCUCGAGAAGGAUUCUUCCCCGUUUUCGGGGUGCUCAUUUUUGGGGGGGGUUCGAUUUUUUUUUUCUUUACGGUGCGGCAAAUCUCGGCGCGGCGCUUGCAGCUUGCGCAAUCCGCUAAACUGGAUUUUAAAUUUAUUUCCUCUUAAGUUUUUUUUUUUUUUUGCCCCCUCACCCCUCCCACGUUCAUGACUAUGCUUCUCGAUAGCGGUCCGCAGUUUGCGUCGCUAGGAGUGGGCGGCUUCGGAGCACCAAGGCACCACGACAUCGGCAACAGGGACGCGAGCCUGGGACUCAAUCCGUUCAGCGAGUCCUCGCAUACGGCGGCGUUCAAAAUCAGCCCCGUGGGCCACGACAUCGCCUCCGGUCAGACUUCAGCCUUCACUCCACAAGCCGGCGGCUAUGCGGCGGCCCUGGGACACGCGCACGGCGGCCAGGUGGGCUCGUACGGCGGGGGGCCGUUCAACUCCACGCGGGACUUUCUCUUUCGGAACCGCAGUGUCGGGGAGUCGGCCGCGCCGAGCGCGCAGCACGGGCUGUUCGCAGCCUCGGCCGGCAGCCUCCAUGGGCCGCCGGGGAUCGCGGAUAACCCGGGACAUCUGCUCUUCCCCGGACUCCACGAGCAGGGGGUGAGCCACUCGUCGCCGAGCGGUCACGUCGUCAACAGCCAGAUGCAUCUCGGCCUGCGCGGAGACAUCUUCGGGCGAGCCGACCCGUACCGGCCGGUGGCCAGUCCGCGCGCAGACCCGUACGGCGCGGCGGCGGCGGCGCAGCUGCACAACUACAACCACCCCAUCAACAUGAACAUGGGCAUGAAUGUACCCAGCCACCACGGGCCGGGGGCCUUCUUUCGCUACAUGCGGCAGCCCAUCAAGCAAGAACUGUCGUGCAAGUGGAUAGACGAGCACCAGAUGAACAGACCCAAAAAGACGUGCGACAGGACGUUUAGCACCAUGCACGAAAUGGUCACGCACGUUUCCAUGGAGCACGUCGGCGGGCCCGAGCAGAGCAACCACAUCUGCUUCUGGGAGGACUGCCCCCGGGAAGGAAAGUCUUUUAAGGCCAAGUACAAACUCGUCAACCACAUCCGAGUGCACACGGGCGAGAAGCCCUUCCCGUGCCCUUUCCCGGGCUGUGGGAAAAUAUUCGCCCGCUCGGAGAACUUGAAAAUCCACAAAAGAACGCACACGGGUGAGAAGCCGUUCAAGUGCGAAUUCGACGGCUGUGACCGCCGUUUCGCCAACAGCAGCGACCGGAAGAAGCACAUGCACGUGCACACGUCGGACAAGCCGUACAUCUGCAAAGUGUGCGACAAGUCCUACACGCACCCCAGCUCUCUCAGGAAACACAUGAAGGUUCACGAGUCCCAAGGGUCCGAGUCGUCCCCGGCAGCAAGUUCCGGAUACGAGUCGUCCACACCCCCGGUUCUGGGCUCGGCCUCCAGCGAAGACCCGACAAAAACGCCCCCGUCAACCGUGCAAAACACAAACGGACACAGCGAAGGGCUGGCGCCGAACUUUAACGAAUGGUACGUUUGAAGGGGGAGAAACAAGGAACCGGCUGAACUUCGACGUGCACGGAUGUGGAAUUUAAAACAACUAAGACUUUUCCUGACCACACACACACGCACACACACACACACGCACACACACGCACACACACACACACACACACA